CCCAGAAGCUGCUACUUUCCUAAUCCGUCAUUGGCCCACCUUUGCUGGGCGGGGAAACUGAGGUUCAGAGAGGGCAUUUUGCCUAAAGCUGCACAGCAAAUCCGAGCAGAAGUUGGAAGCCCGGAAGCCUGUCCACCCACCCCCACAAUUUCUGAAUCCGGAGUGGCUCUGAUCAUUCGUAUUGCAUCCUCGCCUCCCACCUUUGUGUCCCAGCAUCUUGCGGCGCGCUGAACUCCGGCCCCACGGAGAGGGUUGUAAGGUUUGCGCGGGGAGAGGCGACGACCCCCUAGCCCGCGUCUGCCCGCCGUUCCCUUUAAGAGCCGGCCCCGGCGGGACUACGUUUCCCAGAAGGCUUUGCAGGCGUGUUAUGUAACUUUCCCUGCGAAGCGGCCUCUGGGGCAGAAGAAGGAGGUGGAGGCGGCGGCGGCCGUUGCAGCGGCGGCGGCGAGAGCGGCGGGAGCCCGAGGCGGCGGCGCUCGCGGCCCAUCGUGGGGCCCGAGCUGUGCGCCUCGGCUCGGAGCCCGGACCGGGCGGGGGCGCCGACGUGCCUCAGCCUGCCUUCGCGAGGGAGGCGGGAGUGAGCAGAAAGGCUUAGGGCCCAGGGGGCGGGGAAGGGGGGCCGGGCCUGGAUCCGGCGGGGAGGCCGAGCCGGAGGCCGGACCGUGGCUCGCGCUGUCCCCGGGACGCGGAUCGAACGUUGGCGGCGCGGAUCGCACGUCGGCGGCCGGUGGAACGCGGGAGCUGGGCGGCGCGCGGACUGGGGCCAUGGCGUCUGUGCAGGCGUCCCGCCGCCAGUGGUGCUACCUGUGCGACCUGCCCAAGAUGCCGUGGGCCAUGGUGUGGGACUUCAGCGAGGCCGUGUGUCGCGGCUGCGUGAACUUCGAGGGCGCGGACCGCAUCGAACUGCUCAUCGAUGCCGCCCGCCAGCUCAAGCGCAGCCACGUGCUCCCCGAGGGCCGCUCGCCCGGGCCCCCGGCCCUUAAGCACCCGGCCACCAAGGACCUGGCGGCGGCAGCCGCACAGGGGCCCCAGCUGCCGCCCCCGCAGGCCCAGCCCCAGCCGUCAGGGACCGGCGGCGGCGUGUCGGGCCAGGACCGCUAUGACAGGGCCACAUCAUCAGGCCGCCUCCCCCUGCCCUCGCCCGCCCUGGAGUACACUCUGGGGUCCCGCCUGGCCAAUGGGCUGGGCCGUGAGGAGGCCGUGGCUGAGGGGGCGCGAAGGGCCUUGCUUGGCUCCAUGCCUGGCUUGAUGCCCCCUGGGCUGCUGGCAGCUGCAGUGUCUGGCCUGGGAAGCCGAGGCCUGACGCUGGCACCCGGCUUGAGUCCUGCCCGUCCCCUCUUCGGCUCCGAUUUCGAGAAAGAGAAGCAGCAGAGGAAUGCGGACUGUCUGGCAGAACUGAACGAGGCCAUGCGAGGCCGGGCAGAGGAAUGGCACGGGCGCCCCAAAGCAGUGCGGGAACAGCUACUGGCGCUGUCCGCCUGCGCCCCGUUCAAUGUGCGCUUCAAGAAGGAUCACGGGCUGGUGGGGCGAGUGUUCGCCUUCGAUGCUGCUGCCCGUCCUCCGGGAUACGAGUUCGAGCUGAAGCUCUUCACCGAAUACCCCUGUGGUUCCGGCAAUGUGUACGCCGGCGUCCUGGCAGUGGCUCGCCAGAUGUUCCACGAUGCUCUGCGGGAGCCGGGCAAGGCACUGGCUUCUUCGGGCUUCAAGUACCUCGAAUAUGAACGCCGGCAUGGAUCAGGAGAAUGGCGGCAGCUGGGCGAGCUGCUUACCGACGGCGUCCGCAGCUUCCGCGAGCCAGCUCCCGCGGAGGCCCUGCCCCAGCAGUACCCAGAGCCGGCCCCUGCGGCUCUCUGUGGCCCACCCCCGCGAGCCCCAUCCCGGAACCUGGCGCCCACGCCGCGCCGUCGCAAGGCAUCCCCCGAGCCGGAGGGCGAGGCGGCUGGGAAGAUGACCACCGAAGAGCAGCAGCAACGGCACUGGGUGGCACCCGGCGGCCCGUACUCCGCUGAGACCCCUGGUGUGCCCUCGCCCAUUGCCGCCCUGAAGAAUGUGGCCGAAGCCCUGGGCCACUCACCCAAGGACCCUGGCGGAGGCGGGGGGCCUGUGCGUGCAGGGGGCGCCAGCCCUGCAGCCUCCUCCACGGCCCAGCCGCCAACCCAGCAUCGCCUUGUGGCCCGCAACGGCGAAGCAGAAGUCAGUCCCACAGCGGGGGCCGAAGCCGUCAGCGGGGGUGGCAGCGGCACUGGGGCGACCCCUGGGGCCCCCCUGUGCUGUACCCUGUGCAGGGAGCGGCUGGAAGACACCCACUUCGUCCAGUGCCCCUCGGUUCCCGGACACAAGUUCUGCUUUCCCUGCUCCCGGGAGUUCAUCAAGGCGCAGGGCCCGGCCGGGGAGGUGUACUGCCCGAGCGGAGACAAGUGCCCGCUGGUCGGCUCCUCCGUGCCCUGGGCCUUCAUGCAGGGCGAGAUCGCCACCAUCCUUGCUGGAGACAUCAAAGUUAAGAAAGAACGGGACCCCUAGGCUACCACUGCCUCCAGGCUACUGCCCUCUGCCCCUUUGCCACCCACCGCUGCCGCGGAUAAAUUAUUCCCUCCCCGACCCAGCCCAGUGCCACCUCUAUCUGUGUACAUAUUCCCUUCUUCCACCCAGAUGGGUCCCCUGGGGUAGAUGCAUUGUGGGUGGGGGGAGAAAGCUUGUGGCUCCUGUCCGAGGGGGUGUUUGGGGUCCCUUGGCCCCUCCAGUUUCCCUCUGUCCUCCUUGGCUUGGCUUUGCUGCUGCUUGUAGUUGGGGGAGAGGUGCCCCCCUCCUCCUUGAGAAGGGACCUCCUGAAAACUCGCUCUUUAUAAACGAGGCAAAAGCAUUUAAUUCCCACCCCCCCACCCCCCGCUCCCUUCUGCUCCUUCAAUAAACCGAAAGAUGGGUUUUUUUUUUUC